UAUGCAUGAAACAAGCUGGAACACAACAUUAUUUGGCUUCAAGUGUUAUUUCCGCAGAUGUUAAAACUAUUGCUGAAUCUAAUUUGAAGAUACACAACUGGGGACCAUAGCAGACUGAGAUUCCACACUCCCCUGGGGGAACUAAUUGACCGUAUAACUGCUGAUAGUUUAUGUACAAACUGAUUUGUCACCACUGAAACAAACGAAAUAUGAUGAACGCGCUGGGUCUUGCUCUUCUUUGUUUACUCUUCUGGCCCGAGCCUGCAGACGCUCAGUUUCCCCGUGUGUGCUGCACAGUCAAGGGGAUCCUGUCCAAGCAGUGCUGCCCCGUUUUGGGAUCAGAUCCUGCCAAUGUGUGUGGCUCUCUGUCGGGGAGAGGAAGUUGCUCGGCUGUUCAAGUCGACAACAAACCCUGGGGAGGACCGUACAGACUGAGAAAUGUUGAUGAUAGAGAGAGGUGGCCGACAAAAUUCUUCAAUCAGACUUGCAGAUGUACUGGUAACUUUGCAGGCUAUGACUGUGGUCAGUGUAAAUUUGGCUGGACCGGACUAAACUGCGACCAGAGGAAAGUCCCCGUUGUACGGAAGAACAUCCACUCCCUGACCCCUGAAGAACUCCAGGAGUUCCUCAAUGUGCUGGAACUGGCGAAGACCACCGACCACCCAGAUUAUGUCAUUGCCACUCAGCACUGGCUGGGACUCCUCGGACCAAAUGGAAAUGAGCCCCAGAUCGCCAACAUCUCCAUCUACGACUUCUUUGUUUGGCAACAUUACUACUCUGUCCGAGACACUCUUCUUGGUCCUGGCCGUCCAUUCAAAGCCAUUGAUUUCUCACACAAAGGACCAGCAUUUAUCACCUGGCACAGGUAUCACAUCCUCAGCUUGGAAAGAGAGCUACAGAGACUGACCGGCAAUGAGAAUUUUGCGAUCCCUUACUGGAACUUUGCUACAGGGCAAAGUGAGUGUGAUGUGUGCACCAACUCUCUGCUGGGGGGGCGAAACCCAGAUAACCCGUCCCUCAUCAGUAACCAGUCCAGAUUCUCCAGAUGGGGGGUGGUAUGUAACAGUUUGGAUGACUACAAUCGCCUGGUGACUCUUUGCAAUGGCACCAGUGAGGGAUCCAUUCAGAGGGGGAUAAUGGAGAGAGGUAACAUGUCUCUGCCCACCAUGAACGACGUCAGAAGCUGUCUUGGAAUCAGAGACUUUGACAGCCCUCCGUACUUCACUAACUCCUCCUUUAGUUUUAGAAAUGCUCUUGAAGGGUACGAAAAACCAAAUGGGGAACUGGAUGAAUCAGUCAAUAACCUUCAUAACCUCGUCCACUCCUUGCUCAACGGAACCAGCGCUUUGUCUCACUCUGCGGCCAACGACCCCAUCUUUCUGGUGCUCCACGCUUUCACUGAUGCCAUUUUUGACAAGUGGAUGAGAAAAUUUGGCCCAUCCAACGCCACCUUCCCAGAUGAGAUGGCCCCGAUCGGUCACAACAGGGAUUACAACAUGGUUCCCUUCUUCCCUCCGAUCACUAACGAGGAGAUCUAUGUUCCAUCUGAGCAGCUGGGAUAUUCCUAUGCUGUUGCCCUGGAUGAUGCAGAUGGAGGGCCGGCUGUGUUUGUGCUGGGCUCCACUCUAGGAGGAGUCUUCAUCGGUCUCCUGGUGCUUCUCCUAAUCUUUGUGCUCUACCUGCGUCAGCGGAGAAACAGAGGCUUUGAACCUCUGAUAAAAGCAGACUUCACAAAUAGGAAGUACACAGAGGAAGCCUAGAUUUCAUCUGUUAUUCUGAAACACACUUACACAUAUCUAAUGGAGACAGAGCAGCCAAUCACCAAUGUUUUGUAACCUCUACUUUCAGGAAAG